AUGGCUCAGCCCAACGUUCAAUCCUUGAAGUGCGUCGUGACCGGUGACGGUGCUGUUGGCAAGACAUGUCUUCUCAUUUCAUACACGACAAAUGCCUUCCCCGGCGAGUACAUUCCUACAGUAUUUGAUAACUAUACGACUAGUUUAAUGGUCGACGGCAAGCCCAUCAGCCUGGGACUGUGGGAUACGGCUGGUCAGGAAGACUACGACCGGUUGCGGCCGCUGUCAUACCCCCAGACUGACGUAUUCCUGCUUUGCUUCUCUCUCAUAAAUCCGGCCUCAUUUGACAACGUCCGAUCCAAGUGGUACCCUGAGAUUGAUCACCACGCUCCUAAUAUCCCUAUCAUCCUGGUCGGUACCAAACUUGACUUGAAAGAAGAGUACGACAGAAGAGAAGAUGCCGAAAAGAAUGGAGACAGACAUGCAUUCGAAAACGCCUCAAAAGAAGUAAAAGAACUGAAGGAGAAGAAGAGACAGCGACCGAUAGAAUUUCGGGAUGGAUUGGCUUGUGCUCGAGAAAUUGGCGCGUACAAAUACCUCGUGUGCUCCGCACUGACCCAAAGCAACCUGAAAGGCGUGUUCGAUGAAGCCAUUCGGUGA